UAACAGCUUCAUCCAAUGAAACCGAAGCAAGGGCGGGGUCAAGACGUUUGAACGUGCUGCAGAGGGAUUGAGGAAUACGUUACGUUACGCGGAAUACAAGACAUAUAUUUUUGUGGGAGAACGCAUUUAUUGCAAGGAUAAUGGAGAAUAUUUGGCUUGAAGGGAUAAGGCGAAAGGUAAAAAAAGUAAAGGAUACUCGAGUCAUUCAGGAGGUCAUAUCUUUUUCUGGGGAGGAGACUGACUUCAUGCAGGGUUACAUUGAGAAACUGGAAGAGGAAACAAAAAGCAUCUUCAGGUCCCCUGUGUCUACUCAUAAAAACUACUUUUACUUUGCAUGUGAAAGAUCAACUGAAGCAAGUGGGAAAAGCAAAGGAGAACCAACAAAGACAAGAGCUAAUUCUUGCAAAGCUUAUGUGUCUAUUAAAAUCAUCAAAGACGGUUGUUUCACAGGUGCGGUGGUCAACAAAAUGCUUCAACACAAUGGACAUGAUGUGUGCAUGAAAGAAGAGGGUGUUAAAAAUCGCAUUGAUCCAGAGUUGUUAAGUUUUAUAGAAAUGUGGCUUGAUCAAGGACAGUCAAUUUCAGAAACACUUUUAAAAUGUGUGGACUGGGCAGAGCGUCAUGGACAUAUGGACAAAUAUAACCGGCGCUAUUACGUUACACCUGAAGAUAUUCGAUUAAUCAAGAAGAGCAUUAAUGCUCUUAGUUUUCCUGAUGCGAAAGACUGCAUUAGUGUGGACAAGCUAGUCACAUCUGAGCUGCAGGAAAACAUUUGUUUUUACCAGCCAUUGAGUGAUAAUCAACCACUAAUAAUUGUAGUACAGACGCCCUGGCAAAAAGAUGUACUUCGAGAACAUGCUCACACCAUGGUAUUCAUGGAUGCCACUUACAAAGCCAUGACAGCAUAUGGUUAUGCAUUUUAUGCACUUUUAUUGACCAACAGUAUUGGAAGAGCGGUCCCAUUUGCUUAUUUUAUUGUGAGUGAGGAAUCAGCGGACAUACUUGCUUUCUGCUUGGAAAAGCUCACAGAACACAACCCUGGAUUUCUUCCCAGGUCGAUAAUGAUUGACCGUGACCUUAAGGAACUCAAUGCAUUAAGAAGAGUUUUUCCAACAGCCAAGAUUCUUCUUUGCUGGUUUCAUGUACUCCAGGCUGUGCAUAGGUGGAUGGUUAGAAGAGAUGGAGGAAACUUGUCAGUGAAUCAACGAAAUAUUGUAAUUCAAGCAAUGGUGUCAAUGAAAUCCUGUUUAACGGAAGAGGAGUUUAACAGCAUGUCAGCUAGAAAGUGUGAAGAGAUUGAUACCUGUCUGGGCAGUUCACAUGUAUCAACCUACCUCAAGAAUCAGUGGAUUUGUAUGGGAGGUUUGUGGUCCAAUUUUGGAAGGACGUUCUAUCACCACAACAGCGAAACCAACAACAAGGCAGAGAGAUUUUUUCUCACAAUGAAAUACCAGUUUCUUAAGGGAAGAAUGAAUAACAGGAUUGAUAAGCUUCUUCGCUUGCUAUGUGGUGAUGUCCAAAAAUAUUACAGUUACCUAGAUGAACUGACAGACACUGGACGAAUAAAAGGAGGGAACACUGAAGAGACCACAAAUGCUGCGCAUUGCAUGAUUGCAAAAGGCUUGGAUGCAAAAGUGGAGAUAAAUGAAAAUGGAGUGUGUUUGGUUCCACCAGAUAUAAGCACACAAUCUCACAGAGUUGACUUGGUGAUGCAUAAUUGCGAUUGCAAAAUAUUCCAGUGUGGAUCUGUGUGCAAACACUUAAUUUUCUCAAAAAUCAUUGCAGAGAAACAAGGACUUGUAAUUCAAGACCUUAGGGCAGAAGCAGCAAGAAAAAUGGUUGACAGUGAAUCCUACUCCACAGAUAACGAAGACCUUACUGUAUAUCAUUUUGAUGGGAGUGUAGGAAUUGUACAUUGUAAAGGGAACAAAUUUUGCACAUGCAUUGCAAGUAGCUAUGGAGAGGUGUGUGUGUGUGUCUUAGUUCACAACAUUAUCUACACAACAUCCUGUGAGAACAUAUUUGAUGAUCCGCCCUGCCCAAAAUCCAGUGAGAAAAAAAAAGUAACACUGCAACACAUGCUCACAGAUCUUCAUGAGUGGAGCCAAUCAGAAAAAUUUCAUGAGGAUAAGGAAGUGCACAGUUUAAUACAGAGAGCACACAAAUUAGUUUUUUCACAGUUUAGCAAAUUGUCAAGAAAAAGAAAAGUGACUGCACUUCAUAAUUAUCGUAAAAGGGUCAAAAAAGCAAAAGAUGCAGUCACUGUAACUUACAUGGUGAAAAAGAAGAAAAAACGUGGUUGAUCUUGUAGAGGGAUAAUACAUGUUUCUUUGACAAUACCUAUGCUCUGCCU